AUGCCUGGUCAAGAUUCUGAAGACAGGGGUCGGCAGCCUAUAGUUUCCACGGGUCGAGGUGGAGUGGGAAAUUUGGUCAGAUCCGCAAGUAGAGGUAUAGACCCAGAGGUUAAACCGGGUUAUGAGAGAGGUAGGGAGAUUACUCCUUCUGAACAUCCUGUGGAUCAUGUAACCCACGCUGGUCGAGGAGGAGCAGGUAACAUUCGUUCACCUUCUCGUGAACCAGGUGUCCGCAAUGCCGAGGCAGACGAAACUGCAUACGAAAAUAAACUCGUGGCUGAAGUACGGGGUCGUCAGAUCGAUGAACCAUUUUCCACAGGUCGAGGUGGAGUUGGUAAUAUAUCAAGAUCAAAAUCUAGAUCUCGUUCUGCUGUCAGGGAACAUCACGAAGUUUCUCAUGGACGUGGAGGUUUUGGGAAUAUUUCAGAAGAAGAUCAAGCACUUGAGGGAGGUAAAGAGAAGGAAAAAGACGGUUUGGAGGGAGAAGUUGUUGUGAAACAUCAUCAUGCUGAGGAGAAUAAGCCACACACAUUUGGGAAAGGCGGAGCGGGUAAUUUGAUCCCUCAUGAACCUCACGAAACUGUUGACCCGUCUACUCUGAAUGCGGAAGAACGUGAAGCCCACGCCAAGAUACAUGCACAAGAACAUGGUCAUUUCACCCCUACUGGAAGAGGCGGUGCAGGCAACUUCCAUCCCGUUGACGGACAUGAAGAACGUGGUCGGGAUGCCCAUAAAGGUGGUUUGUUGGGUAAGAUCGGACGUAGUCUCAGUAGAGCUACAGGUAGGGAGAAAAGUUCCGAACGAGCUAGAGAUUAA